CUGCCUGAAAUAACAAAGAACAUGACUCACUCUACUUAAACCCAGAGAGUCAACUGGUGUGGUGAUCAUACCUCCUCUGGGAUACUAUCGACAGCUUGGUACAAGCUCUACUAUUCUAUCUACACAUCUUCUAACUUCCGAGCUUAGUUCUCUGUAGAUACUUAUCUCACACUUUCAGUGCUGUUAGGAGAAUGGCAUCCCUAGGAUGGUUCGUGGUGGUUCUAGUGGGCUUUUGGAGCCAGCUAUGCCCAGGUCGGGGAGCUAAUAAUGGGCCUGGCAGAUACCGCUACCAGCGCAGGAACUGCUACACCUGCUUUUAUGGAUACAAUGGCUACAACACGGGACACAUGAAAGGUGCAGAUGUUGACGAGUGUCAGGUCCACAACGGAGGCUGCCAGCACCGAUGCGUCAACACCAGAAGCUCGUUCUACUGCGAAUGCAACCCAGGCACCCGCCUGCACACAGAUGGCCGGACAUGCAUCGCCGUCCACUCCUGUGCUGUCAGAAAUGGAGGCUGUGAGCAGGACUGUGUGCAGCUGUCCCCGGCUCACUACCAGUGUCUCUGCAGACCCAACUAUCACCUUGCAGAGGACAGCAAACACUGCAAGUUGAGAAACCCCUGUGCAGACGGAAAUGGAGGCUGUGUGCACACCUGUAGAAAUGAAGGAGGAAGAUCUCAGUGUGACUGUCGUCCUGGAUAUACACUGGCACAGGAUGGCAAAAAUUGUGAAGACAUCGAUGAGUGUGAGACAGGCCAAACUGCCUGUGCCCACGGUUGCCAUAACACCCAGAGUUCCUUUACCUGUGUCUGUAACCCAUCAUACAAGUUGGGUGCCGACGGCAGGAAAUGCUAUCGUAUCGAGAUGGAGAUUGUGAGUGGUUGUGAGACUGCCAAUGGAGGCUGUUCCCAAAAGUGCCAACACUCCGCCCUCGGACCUGUCUGCAGCUGUAACCAUGGUUUCCAUCUGGACGAUGACCUCAGGACAUGUGUGGACUUGGAUGAGUGCGAGACGGGAAGCUCGUGCUGCGAGCAGGACUGUACGAACACUCCCGGGGGUUACGAAUGCUACUGCGGGGCUGGCUACCGUCUCAACUCGGAUGGGUGUGGCUGUGAUGAUGUGGAUGAGUGUCUGGUAGACAACGGAGGCUGUGACCAUACCUGCCAGAACACAGCCGGCUCCUUCCAGUGCUACUGUCGCCUCGGACAUCGGCUAAACGAGAACCGUCUCUCCUGUAUUCCCCUGGAGCGGGCAGUAGAGCUGUUGGAGUGGAGCGGCCGCAUCGCGGUGAAGCUCCCUCCACCCCAGAUCACCCUGCUGAAUGACAAAUUCCAGCCGCUGGAGCGCUAUGACGACUAUGAGGAGGACGGCCUGGGAGAGCUCCGGGCCCCGAGCACCCUCACCAAGACCUUUGUGUGUCUAAACGAAACGUUUGGCCAUGACUGCAGCCUGACGUGUGACGACUGUUCCAACGGUGGUGUGUGUGACCUGGAGGAGGGACGUUGUGACUGUCCUGAUGGGUGGCGAGGCCUUGUCUGCAACCAGACUUGUCUAGAGGGCACAUUUGGCAGGAACUGCCUCUUCAGCUGUAAGUGUAAGAAUGGUGCCACCUGUGACCCUGUGAGCGGGCACUGCCGCUGCCCACCUGGAGUCAGUGGGGAUCUGUGCCAGGAUGGCUGUCCUAGCGGCCUGUAUGGGAAACUUUGCAAUAAGAAGUGUAACUGUGCCAAUAAAGGGCGCUGCCAUCGGACCUACGGAGCCUGCCUGUGUGACCCUGGGCUCUAUGGGCGUUUCUGUCACCUACCGUGUCCGAAGUGGGCAUACGGACCUGGCUGCUCGGAGGAGUGCCAGUGUUUCCAACAGAACACUCUGGAGUGCCACCGCCGCCAUGGCUCCUGUGUCUGCAAACCAGGCUACCAGGGCAAGAACUGCCAGGAGGAAUGUGACAGAGGAUACUAUGGCCUUGCCUGCAAGAGGAAAUGUGAGUGUCCAUCAGGGGUACCCUGUGAUCAUGUGACAGGGGAGUGUCUGCGCCAGUGCCCGCCUGGUUUCCAUGGGGACAACUGUGACCUAGACUGCCUGAAGGGGCGCUACGGGGCUGGAUGUAACCAAUUGUGCCACUGCUCUGGCGCGCCAUGUGACAAGGUGACAGGACAGUGCCACUGUCUUGACGGUGUGACUGGACAGCACUGCGAGACUGAGUGUGAGGAGGGUAGAUGGGGUGUGGGCUGCUCAGGCUCCUGUCCUCACUGUCAGAACGGGGGAGUGUGUGACAAACACAAUGGAACGUGCCGCUGCCAACCUGGAUACAUGGGCACCCUUUGUCAGAAUGUCUGCCUGUUGGGUAGAUUUGGCCUGGGUUGCCAGCUACGCUGUCGGUGCGAUAACGGUGGGCGCUGCCACCCUUUGACGGGCCGCUGUGCCUGUCCUGAAGGAUGGACUGGACCCAGCUGCAGUAGAGCGUGUGACGCCGGGCGCUGGGGGGUGGACUGUGCCAACGUGUGUGAUUGCCCGGACAACGAUGGCAGCUGCGACCUCAUCACGGGACAGUGUCGCUGUGAGGCGGGCUACACAGGACCACGCUGCCAACAGAAGUGCCCAGAGGGCUCCUUUGGCGCUGGCUGCAGACGCAGGUGCCAGUGUGCCAAUGAGGCGGCCUGUGAGCAUAUGGGUGGAGCCUGCACCUGCCUGCCUGGUUGGACAGGCACCUACUGUGAAAAACCGUGCCCUGAAGGAUUCCAUGGGCUGGAGUGUCAGCUGCAGUGUCAGUGUUCUAAUGGGGGGAGAUGUGAUCACCUGACAGGGGCCUGCCACUGUCCAGACGGCUGGGUCGGAUCACAAUGCAACACCACAUGCCAGGCGGGGUGGUUUGGAAGUGGGUGUCAACACACCUGUGAGUGCUGUAAUAAUGCCAGCUGUGACCCUGUGAGCGGGCAGUGCCAGUGUAUGCCAGGCUGGACCGGCGCCAGCUGUGAGAAAGAAUGUCUAGAAGGCUUCUAUGGGUCAGACUGCCUGCAUCACUGCCUGUGUCAGAAUAGUGGUGUGUGUGAUCGUUUCUCUGGGGGAUGCUCGUGCCCCAACGGGUGGACCGGGGUGGCCUGCGAACUGGAGUGUGCCCAUGGCUGGUUUGGGGCGGACUGUGCUCAGCCCUGUGCGUGUCUGAACAGUGGUGUGUGUGACCGUCGCAGUGGAGAGUGCAGCUGUGGCCCAGGCUGGGUAGGACAGCACUGUCAGACAGCAUGUGAGGCUGGCCUGUUUGGCCCAGGGUGUGAGGAGCAGUGUCGAUGUAAACAUGGGCCCGUGUGUGACCACGUCAGCGGAGUGUGUGUGUGUCCUCCUGGCAGGAGGGGACCUCUAUGUGACAGAGCCUGUCUACCUGGCUCCUACGGGAAGGACUGUGUGCUACGUUGUAACUGUCCCCACGGCACUUCCUGCAACCACGUUUCCGGCGAGUGUGGCUGUCCCCCUGGAUUCACUGGCAACGGCUGUGAGCAGAUAUGCCAGCCUGGCACAUAUGGGCUGAACUGUAACCAGGUGUGCCAGUGCUCUGGCACCAACCAGCUAUGCCACCCGGACACCGGCCUCUGCUACUGCACCCCUGGUUACCAUGGUUACAACUGUGAUCAAGAGUGUGACAUAGGACGGUACGGCCCAAACUGCGAGCGGCUGUGCCAGUGUAGGAAUGCUGGUGUGUGCCAGACCAUCACAGGCACCUGCCAGUGCCUGUCUGGCUACAUCGGAGCAGACUGCAACAUCACUUGCCCAUCAGGGCGUUAUGGGCAGGACUGUGCCAGGGUGGCUUUGUGUGGGGAGGGGGCACGGAGUGACCCAGAGACGGGCAGGUGUGUGUGCAAGGCCGGCCAGCGGGGAGAAGACUGUGGACAGGGUUGUGCCCAGGGUUGGUAUGGGGUGGACUGUGGCCAGCGCUGUAACUGCCGUAACAGUGGUGUGUGUGACCCAGUCUCUGGAGGCUGCACCUGCGGACUAGGCUGGACCGGACCCAGCUGUGACAGAGAGUGCCCCCUAGGGAGUUACGGGGCCAACUGCAAACUGCGGUGUGAUUGCAAUAACAAUGGGACGUGCAAUAGAGUGACGGGAGAGUGCCGGUGUGACCCGGGAUACUACGGUCACCUGUGUGAACACGCCUGCCCUGCUGGUUUCCAUGGCCACCGCUGUCAGUUCCAGUGUAAGUGUCGAGGCCACUCCCCCUGUGACCCCAGCACAGGGCACUGUCUUUGCCCUCCUGGUUACCAUGGAUACCGCUGUGAGAAAGAGUGUGAGCAGCGUCGUUUCGGGGUGGGCUGCAUCCAGUCAUGUGACUGCGAAGGGGACACCCCAUGUGACCCCAUGACCGGCCGUUGUCUGUGCCCCCCAGGGAAGAUGGGCACGCAUUGCGACACAGAUUGUCCAGUGAACCGCUACGGCCCGGACUGUUCUGAGAGCUGUGAGUGCAGGAACGGGGCGCGGUGUGACCCACGGAACGGCCGUUGCACCUGUCUACAUGGCUGGAUAGGACCCACCUGUCAGGACGGAGGGUCCCUCGUGUCUCCACAGCUGGGCAACAGAAAUCAAGAAAGGAAUCACUCACACACUGUCCCAGUAUAGCACCCCCUACUGACUGACCCCCAGCCUCAUACACUGCGGCCUACUGGUCACUUCUAGAGAUCACAGAGCUCAAAACUGAACUGAAGCACUCUCAAAACAACAACAGACUGUUUUGUACAGAGAAGGGAGUGCUAUGGCAGGGCCUUGAUGAACUAAAGGGACUUCUGAGCUGGAGAGGCCAUUUUGAAGAGUUGUCUAAUCGCAGACAUUGGAGUUCAAAUAACACACUACACUUGACAUCACAGGGAUGACUGUCCUAUAUUUAAUCUUACAGGGUGGACUCAAAUGUACUCAAGAGUUAACAGACAUGGCUAUUUUUUUUUGCAGGCCCUGGAUAAGAGGACAUUUCUGGGUCAAAUGCCAAAAAGGAUAAAGUCAUGCGAGGUUUACAGAAUUAUUUACUGUAAAAUACAGUUGUUGAAUAUCAUGUACCAUGCUUAACAGUUGUGUAUUUGUGUGUACAUUGUGUGUAUAUUGUGUGUAUGUAAAUGUGUUCAUGUCUACAACUCAAUCAUGUUGUACGUAUACUCACGAUAUGGCAGUACCUCAUUGGAAGUAGUUAUUUGUUCGAACAUUGAGGAGAUUUGUUUUACGCUCAUACCAUUUUUAAAAAUGAUUGUAGUUGUAGUCAUCCUUACUGGCUUCUCCAAAAACAAUAGGCUACUCACACGCAUGGUCCAUUUUAUUUCUAUCUUAGCAGUCACCAAUGCACUAUACAGACUCUUAUGGCACAGUUGAUUUAUAAAUAAGAAACAAUUCAGGAUCAUUUAUCUGAAUGAAAUGCUCUACAGUAUUUGGAGAACCUGCACCAGGUGAUGAUGACUUGCACACAGGUCAAAAUGCCUUAGUCUACACACCUCAUUUUACAUGUAUGUAGAUACUAUAUGAAGUGACAGCUUCUCUGCGAAAUGGAGGGAAAACUGUUUCAGUUUUCAAUAAAGAAGAUUGAUUAAAUGUGUACUGCAAAACACAACAUUAAUUACUAAAUGUGGUCUAGACUGCAUUUGCUACAUAUCAAGCAAAUGUUAGCAAGGAGUAAAGGGGCAAGUCGUAUGUCAAACCCUACAGAUGCUAUACAUUUACCUGAUCCCAGAUCUUUAUGUACAUUAGAAGACUCCUCUGACUGUAUGGUGUAAGAGUCAUUUUUUGUUGUUUGCUAAAGCAUAUACAGGUAUCACAUUGACCAUCUAUAUAGAACAUAUUUAAAAGUGUUAACUUGGUCAUCGCCAGCUUGUGUCAUCAAACUGCAUAGUCAACUCAUGUAUGAAGUCAAGAUAUUCUAUAUUCUUCCCUGCAUAAGCCUCUGUCACCAUCUUCUGGUGGCUCUCCACAUUACAUAUUGUGAUCUGCCCAGCUUCAUAUAUGAGGGCAGUUAGUUGUAGCCAUAGUUAUAGGACUAUAGGUGGAUAUACACUACUGGUAAAAAGUUUUCUUUCAAAGCAUAUUUGAAACUGGGACACUUUGGUGGGAUUAACAACAAGAUUACCUUUAAAAUGGUAUAAGAAACAUGUUUGUCUGAGGAAUUUUAAUUAUGAGAUUUCUGUUGUUUUGAAUUUGGCGCCCUGCACUUUCACUGGCUGUUAUCAUAUCAUCCCGUUACCGGGAUUGCAGCCAUAUUAAUGCAACCACUGUGUCAGAUUUCAAAAAAACUUUAUGGAAAAAAGCACACCAUGCUAUAAUCUGUGUACAGCGCUCAGAGCCCAAACAAGCCAUACAGAUAUCCGCCAUGUUGUGGAGUCAACAGAAGUCAGAAAUAGUAUCACAAAUAUUCACUUGUCUUUGAUGAUCUCAUUCAGAAUGCACUCCCAGGAAUCCCAGUUCCACAAUAAAUGUUUGUUUUGUUCGAUAACGUCCAUAAUUUAUGUCCAAAAACCUCCUUUUUGUUCGCACGUUUAGUUCCAAAAUCCAAAUUGAUGACGGGCAGGUCAGACGAAAAGUCAAAACAUUUCAUUACAGUUCGUAGAAACAUGUCAAACGAUGUGUAGAAUCAAUAUUUAGGAUGUUUUUAACAUAAAUCUUAAAUAAUGUUUCAACCUUUGAGAAUUCCUUUGUCUUCAGAAAUGCGAUGGAACGCAGGUCACUCUCACGGGAGCGCGCAUGACCAGCUCAUGCCAGACUCCUGACUCAAAGAGCUUUCCUUCCCUCAUUCCUCACAGUAGAAUCCUCAAACAAGGUUCUAAAGACUGCAAUAUGACCCCAAAGACACUGUAUAUUGGAUAGGCAAACCUACAAACCUCAGAUUUCCCACUUCUUGUUUGGAUUUUUUCUCAGAUUUUUGCCUGCCAUUUGAGUUCUGUUAUACUCACAGACAUCAUUCAAACAGUUUUAGAAACUUCAGAGUGUUUUCUAUCCAAAUCCACUAAUGAUAUGCAUAUCUUAGCUUCUGGGACUGAGUAGCAGGCAGUUUACUCUGGGCACCUUAUUCAUCCAAGCUACUCAAUACUGCCCCCAGCCAUAAGAAGAUUUAUUAACUCUAUUUAUUGAACUGCAUUGUUGGUUAAGGGCUAAUAAGAAAACAUUUCACUUUACACCUGUUGUAUUCGGCGCAUGUGACAAAUAACAUUUGAUUUGAAAUGAGAUUGAUUUUAGUUGAAUGGAAAGCGUUAUACACUGCUCAAAAAAAUAAAGGGAACACUUAAACAACACAAUGUAA